AGUUUGUGUAUAUACACGCCUUGUCAAGAAGUUAAAUUGUUAUUACAGGAGAGAAACUUAGUGAUAAAAGUGUAUAAGCUGAUCAGCUCAAAUCAAAUUUUCAAUCUAACUAUAAAAAGAAAUAAGUUGUCCAAAGAGAGUUGUCUUCAGCAAAUGUUUUGAUAUUAAAACUUCAGGAGAUAUAUAGAACAAUGCAAAUGAGACUAGCUGAUAAUUUUGGAAUGUAUUCUCCGCCGCUGGGCAACAUUCAGGAGAGUUACCAUUAUUGGCCGGAACCUUAUGGAUAUUAUAGUGACCAAAGGGAUACAGGUUGCUCUCCUUAUAAAAAAGAAGAAAGGAUACGUCGCCCGAUGAACGCAUUCAUGGUUUGGGCGAAAACAGAACGAAAGAAAUUAGCUGAUGAAAAUCCGGACGUUCACAAUGCCGACCUUAGUAAAAUGCUAGGAAAGAAAUGGAAAGAUUUACCAGAAGAUGAAAAGAAGCCUUUUUUGGAAGAAGCUGAAAGGCUACGUCAGCAACACAUGGUAGACCAUCCGGAAUAUAAAUACAAACCAAGAAGACGAAAAAAUAAUAAGAAAGUAAAAUCAGUCGACAAACCAAGCAGAAACUACAACUAUUCCAGUUCAAAUGUAGUCUAUAAUAAAUCCAGUGUGGAAAACAGACAUUAUAGUGAGACGGACUCUUCUGGAGACAGUUUCCGGUCGUCUGGUAAAAGAAACCAGACGCCGGAAAGAGCAAUUUCGUCAACGCCAUUGUAUCUGCAACAAUUUUGGAACGUCUCAGCAGCAAGUGGGCAACCAAAUCCAGCAGUAAGAGAUAUGAGAUCAGAAAAUACCCAUAUAACGAAAAACUUUUUGUCAAUGGACUACAAUUCGAAUCUAUCGAAAAAUUCUCCUUUUUCAGACGUUUUACGAUCAGCUUCGAUGCAACCCUUGAAACCGACACCACCAUUUUAUUCACCAACAAGCACAUGUUUGACUACAAGCUCUGACAGUUUAACGACUCUCCGAGCAUUAGUUAGUCGCCAACCUUUUUAUAGUGGACAGUUUGCUGAAAAACAAGACAAUUCUCAUGUUCCAUCUGUAGGUGCAGCACCUUCAAGCUUUAAGCCAGUCACAAGUAACAGCCAAUAUCCACAUCAUCAGUUUUCUGAAGCAACACAUGCUACUCCAAAUACAUAUUUACCUUGCUCAGUUCGCUCUAAUUCAAAUAUGAACUUUCAACCUGGACUUUGUGUGAACGAGGUUGAUAGAAAUGAAUUUGACCAGUACCUGGAAGAAGGGAACAGCACUUAUCUUCAUCAUAUCGACAGGUGCCAAAGAGGUGCAGACCAGUAUACCGGGAUACAGUUUGAACAUACUACUACAUUACCUUUUUUCAGUGAAAUCAACGGAGAUGGAAAAACUGAAAAUAAUUCCACUGGCACAAACACUAUGAACUUAUCAAACCCAUUGUUAUCUGAAUGUGUACAUUAAUGUUCAUCUGAAAUUCACAAUGGAUACUGAUUCAUUCCAGUAAGUCCACGGGUAACUUACCUUUUUGUGCUCAUAUAUUUUUUUUGUGCCAAUAUAUGUAAGGCUACGCCAAAUUAAUUUCUGCUUCAUGGGACAAUGAUUUUUUCUACAUAUUCAAAGAAAAGUUUAGCAGAAAAUUUAGAAUUGUUAAGAAUUUUGUAGUCCAAAACUUAAUUUGGCAUGGUCUAACCUUUUAAUUAGUGCAUUAAUAUCUCAAAAAGAAAAAGAAAACAUAUUUAUAUUGACGAUCAAGUGCUUUAAAUAAAUAUUGUAUAGUUUCAAAUUUUCAGUUUCCGACGAAAAUGCCGGACACACUUUGUAUAUAUGGAGAAUAUCAUAUGUUUUAUAUAGCUAUAUUUAUAUUUUUUGAAUAAAAAUUGGAAAACAG